AUGGUUCCUCCAAAGAAAAAUGCAAUUAAAAUGGACUUGAACUCGUUCUUGAACGAUGAAUCGUUCGGGGACUCGUGGGCAGAUGACCAAGUGGACCUUAACAACAUCAACUUGCCGAUCCAUAAUGUUGCUGCUUCAAACACGAUCCCUUUAGAUCAGUUGGCCAAUGGGACAAUGGGGGGUGGUAAGGGUAGUUAUUAUGACAGUGCUUUGACUCAGAGGAAAGAGCGGAUUGAGUACCCAGUUCCAAACGAAGGUCCUUUCAGAGCACGGAUCAGUAAUCUUCCAUGGGAUGUAUCGGAAGAAGGUAUUCAUGCGUGGACAGAGGAUGGGUUGGAUAAGCCUGGCUCUGUAUUGAAGGUUGUAGCUCCCAAGGAUCGGGAUUCUGAAAGGCUGAGGGGUUGGGCGUUUGUUACAUUUGAAGAACGUGAAGAUUUAGUGAAGGCUCUCACGCUAAAUGCUACAAAGUUGAAUGAUCGUACUGUGUAUGUUGCUGUGGCUGCACCAAAAGACGGUAGCUUGGAUGAUAUGAACUGGUCAGGUGCCAGAGGCUCUAACUUCCAGUCAUCGGGCAGCAGCAACCCAGACCUAGACUGGGGUGCCGCUAGGGGAUCCAACUUCAAAGAAAGGAAACCAAGAAGAGAAGAUCCAGACUUAGACUGGGGUGGCGCUAGAGGCUCUAACUACGAAUCCAAGGAACGCAGAACACCUAGAGAAGAGCCAGAUUUGGACUGGGGUGUUGCUAGAGGUUCUAACUAUGAACUAAAGGAACGUAGACCACCUAGAGAAGAGCCAGACUUAGACUGGGGUGGUGCUAGAGGCUCUAAUUACGAAUCAAAGGAACGCAGGCCACCUAGAGAAGAACCAAACUUAGACUGGGGUGUUGCUAGAGGGUCUAACUACGAACCAAAGGAACGCCGCCCUAAAAGAGAAGAACCAAACCUAGAUUGGGGCAGCGCAAAAGGCUCCCUCUUUCAAACGAUGGAGAAAAAUCCAAGGAAAGAGGAACUACAAUCAGGCCGCAGCGCUUCAAAGUCCUCCACCCAGGAUGCUAGAGAACGUCGCCCAAAAAAGGACGAACCAGAUCUAAAUUGGAGCGCCGCAAGAAGCUCGAAGGUGGCCCUUUCGGCUAAUUCCACCAGAAAAGCUGAACACUAUUCUGCUGCCAAAGAUGAUACGCCAAAGAUCCAAAGAUCCGCUUUUGACGUUUUAAAAGUUGAUUCUGAUGAUGAUGACGAUGACGAUGAGCAAGAAGAACAAAACACUCCUGAAAGAGUGUCUAAUUCUAAGCCUGCAAAUAACGAUUCUAUUGCCCAACUGGAGGAUGCCACUUCGAAGUUAUCUAUUGAACAGGAUAGUGAGUGGGAGGUUGUUGGUAAAAAGUAA